AUGGCCCAGAAAUUCAUUGCAAUUGCUACAGUUUUCGCAGUCGUGGUUGGCUCAACGCAGGCCGGACUUAUUGAGUACGCCCAACCCCGUGAACACUACACCCAGGAACACCAGGCCGUUGCGCAUACGCAACAGAAUGUGCUGCGCAAUUUUGAUGGCACCGUUUCACACUAUUCCAAGUCCUUGGAUACCCCCUACUCCAGUGUGCACAAGACGGACACACGCAUUAGCAACAAUGUCUACACACCGGCUGUGGCCAAGACGCUGACGUAUGCCGCUCCUGCUCCAUCUCCCACAGUCUAUACUCCACAUGCGUCUACGCCUGACGCAUAUGUACACCAUCAGCCCGCGGGUGUCACCUACGCUGCUCCAUCUGUGACCAAAGUCGGGACUUAUGCUUCACCAGCACCCACUGUUGGCUAUGUUGCUCCUGCCGUGGCCAAGACCCUCUCCUAUGAAGCACCAGCGCCCACUCCAGCCUUCUCCUAUGCUUCUCCUGGCGUUACCAAAACAAUUUCCUAUGAGUCUCCUCUCGCCAACAGCCACUACAAUUACGCUCCAACCGCUACAACAACCAAUGCACACAAUCUACAUGGCCUGCCCAGCUACGGCAGCGUACAGACCAUUCACUACUCGCCCGCGGAGGCUGUCUCCCACAUGAGCUUCGAUGGCUUUGGCACACACUGGGGCUUCUAA